AGAUGCAUCCUGCCUGUCCUGUUCCACGUCGAACGAAGGAACACAGGUCCAUGUAGCGUGCCUAGGGUAGGGCAGGGUAAGCUCACAACUCUCCCUUGUCCUCACGUUAGUCGCAAAGGUCGCGUCUGUCUUGGGAAUUGCACUUGAACUUGGAGGCGUUGGUUUCCAGUGUCUCACGUUAAGCAUCGCGCAAUGUCUCCCGAAACGGAGGAUGUGGCAAUGAGCACGCCUCCGACUUCGCCCGAAACGCACGAUGGCGACUACAGCGAAACGAUGCGAAGGGAGGAGGCGCGCAUGGCCGAGGCGCGCCGCAAGGAAGAUGAGAAGCGGGAGCGCAAGUUGGCCGCUCAGCGCGAGCAAGACCUCAAAGGUGGACCGGGCGCAGUAGACACAAAGUACAAGGCAUUGGAGUACCUGCUCAGCCAAAGCAAGUUGUACUCGGCGAUCAUGCUGGAGCAAAUGACGAAGCAGGAAGAAGCCGAGACAGCGAAGGACGAAAAGAGUAAAAAGCGUGCAGAGAAGCGUGAGGCUAAAGCAGAGGAGGUGGCUCAAGCGAGCCAAAAGCGCGCAACACGCAAUGCUGUCAUUGUAGAGGAGACGGCAGAGCAGGCUGGAGGGGGAGCCUCGCCUCAGAAAAAGCUCCCACAGCGAGGUCGGCCUUCCAAAAGCGGCAAGAACGGCAAGAUCUCCGAUUACGUGAAGAAGGAAGACGUGAAAGGCAAAGCGGGUCAGACAACCAUUUCCCAAGCACUGGCGGAGGAGACGAAAGACUCCAGCGUCAAGCCCGGAGACAUCGGCAUGCAGGACCUUCGAUCCGCGAAGCAACCUGACUCGGUCACGGGAGGCUUGAUGCGGACGUAUCAACUGGAAGGCCUAGAGUGGCUAACCUCGCUGUACGAGAAUGGCUUGAACGGCAUCUUGGCGGACGAGAUGGGUCUCGGCAAAACAAUCCAGACAAUCUCUUUCAUAGCAUUCCUGCGGGAGAAAGGCAUCAAUGGCCCCUUUCUGAUUGCAGCACCGCUUAGUACCACCAGCAAUUGGGUCGCAGAGUUCAAGAAGUGGACGCCAAGCAUCCCCGUGGUGCUGUACCACGGAAGCAAGCCGGAGCGUGAGGAGAUCAGACGGAAACGCCUUCGUAACCCGGGCAGCGAAGACUUUCCUGUCAUCUGCACAAGCUACGAGAUCUGCAUGAACGAUCGCAAGUUUCUAGCACACUACGGCUGGAAGUUCAUCAUUAUCGACGAAGGCCAUCGUAUCAAGAACCUUAACUGCCGACUUAUCCAGGAGCUGCAGUCGUAUCAAUCUGCCAACAGACUCCUCAUCACAGGUACUCCGCUCCAGAACAAUCUCGCAGAGCUGUGGUCGCUACUGCACUUCCUCAUGCCCAACAUAUUUGACAAGCUGGAGUCUUUUGAGUCGUGGUUCGACUUCAGCGCGCUGAAGGAGAAGAACGGGUAUGAGCAGAUCUUGUCCGAGGACCGGAAGAAGAACCUCGUAGCUAGCUUGCACGCGAUCCUGAAGCCAUUCCUGUUGCGGAGAGUAAAGGCUGAUGUCGAGACAUCGUUGCCGAAGAAGCGCGAGUACGUCCUAUAUGCCCCCUUGACGCAGACGCAGCGGGAGUUGUAUCAAGCUAUAUUGGAAGGCAACAGUAGAAGCUUUCUGGAGGAGAAGGUGGUGGAGAGUAUCAGUGGUCGAUCGACACCAGCGAGCACAAGGAGCCGGAGUCUGAAGCGAAAGGCGCUUGAUGCAGGUGACACGCCGAACAAAAGCGCCAAGUCGAGCCGUGCUUCUACCCCUGCCACAAAUGGUAGUCUUGGCGCACGGUCAAGGAAGGCAAAGAAGCGCCGAACAUAUGAAGAGGUGUCCGAUACGCAGUACUUUAAAGAACUUGAGGAGGGUGCAAUCUCGCCCGCGCCUGACGAUGAUGACGACGAAGGCGAAGACGAAAAAGAGACCGAGCGCGCAAAGACACUCGCCCUCGCUAAGCGCGAAAUCAGUCAAAAGAAGCUGCAGAACCCUGUCAUGCAACUCCGCCAGUGCUGUAACUCGCCUCACAACUUUUAUUACCCGUUUGAUCUAGACGACUUAACCCCAGUAAACGAAACACUCGUUACCGAAUCCGGCAAGAUGCUUCUCCUGGACCGCUUGCUUCCCGAGCUCCUACGCAAAGGGCACAAAGUCCUUAUCUUUUCGCAAUUCAAAACACAGCUCGACUUGCUGGAGACGUACUGUCGCGAGCUGCGAGGGUGGCCCGUAUGUCGCAUCGACGGCUCGAUCCCGCAGACAGAGCGGCAAGAACAGAUUCUCGCCUUCAACGAGGCCGACAGUGAAGCCAACGUCUUCUUACUCUCCACGAGAGCAGGCGGUCAGGGCAUCAAUCUCGCCGCUGCAGACACCGUACUCCUCUUCGACAGCGACUGGAACCCACAACAGGAUCUCCAAGCGCAAGACCGCGCGCACAGGAUCGGGCAGACGCGGCCGGUGAUCGUGUACCGCCUCGCCACGAAAGGAACGGUCGAGCAGAUGUUGCUCGAAAAGGCGGAUAGUAAGCGGAGGUUGGAAAAGCUGGUAGUUCAGAAGGGGAGGUUUAGGAAGGGGCAGGAAGUUGCGGGCGCGGAUAUUGCUGAGCUGCAGAAGUUGCUAGGGAGAGAUGAUGGGGAGAGAAUUGAUGUCAAGGAGGGGAAGGGGUUGUUAAGUGAUGCUGAUCUGGAGAUUUUGACAGAUCGGAGUCCGGAGGCUUUUGAGCGUGCGGAGAGAGGGGUGGAUGUUGUGGGGGCUGUGUUUAAGGCAGUCGAGACCAGGAAGGAUGAAGGGUUGUUGGAGAGUUUGCAGAAGUGAAGUUGUUGCUAAUCGCCAACCCAUGGUGGAGCUAUAGCUGGGUUUAAUGCCAGUGGCGAGCACUACUUCAUGUCGUUCUGGUCGACUUGCUAAGUGCUUUGCCGUCUACAGCCAGGUUCGCAGUGUGGCGUACAAGUGUAAGGCAUAGCCAGCGUAUGUACGCUGUGUCGAAUCCUCCGAUG